AUGAAUACAGUUGUCGCUUUCUUGGUUUCAUUCUCUGUCGUUGCUGUUUCGGUGACAACUGAUCCGUGUGCCCAGAUGUGCCACGAUCUCGGCGAUAGUACGGCAUGUGCUAGUUCUGGGAAAGGUUCCUAUUGCAAGUUUUGGCAGCGUCCAGCGGUCUGUUAUGGAUUCAAGCGCAGGAAGGAUAACACUUUAUGCUACGUUACAGGAGUCUCCGACGACGCCAACUGUUCUGGUGCCCCUGUUGCUUGUCCGAGCGGUCCUCCCUUCACCACUGCCGUUCCUUCCACCCCUCGUCCAACACAUGUACCUACUACAGAGCCUCCCUGCUCCCCUACCACUACCCGCACCAGUACUACGGUCAAUCCGUGCGACAUCACUACUACUAAGGCUGCUCCUCGCACCAGUACUACGGUCAAUCCCUGCGACAUCACUACUACUAAGGCUGCUCCUCGCACCAGUACUACGGUCAAUCCCUGCGACAUCACUACUACUAAGGCCGCUCCCCGCACCAGUACUACUGUCAAUCCGUGCGACAUCACUACUACUAAGGCCGCUCCCCGCACCA